AUGUGGGCUUUCUACCAGAACCGUGAUGAUCCUGCACAGAUGGAGUCUCUGUGGGUUCUCGAGAUGAUUCUUAUGAUUGCUAUUGGAACACUGUUCGACGCCAACCCCGAGGGGAAUGACGACUUUUCUGGGGUUAGACUCUUUGAGUAUGCCCAUAGAAAUGUUCCGACGUUGUCAGACUUGCGAUUCAAUGGAAAGCUUGGUAUUGAGAUUUUUGCUCUCUUUGCCAUCUAUCUCGGCAACAUGAAUCGUAAGGAAGAGGCAUAUCUCUAUAUUAGCACCGCCAUGCGCUUGGCAAUCUCGCAGAAGUAUCACAGAGUAUGUGGAACUCGACACUUGAUGCAGUCUGAGAGAGUUCAUAUGAAUCGUCUGUGGUGGACUAUUUACAUGCAAGAGCGGCAAGUGAUUAAAACACGUACUUCCGGAAUGAUGCGUCUGGCUGCAGCGACAGGCAACCCUCCAAGCAUCGGUGAUGAGGCAAUCAACAUCCCUCUUCCUACCGACUCUCCUGGCUUCCCACCUGUUGGACCGAUGUGCACAAACAUCAGGAUCGCCCGAGCCACAGGUCGUAUCUUGGCUGUGCUCUAUAACCCUGAAGACGAGUCCGAAUCUACCUUUAUUCCUCACGUCCAAGAUAUCGUGAAAUCCUUAUACCAGAUCUCCCAAGAAAUACCUUCAGAUGCAGUUACAGAUGUGUACAACUUGGGCCGGGACCAGUCUUUAAGAACGACUGCUUCGUUGCAUCUGAUGCUCUUCCAGGCAACCAUUCUUACGAUUCGACCGCUCAUGUUACAUGCCGCGAAACUCAUUCUUAGCGGAAAUGGCCUUACAGGAGAACAGCUACAUGCUUCACCUCUCGGGAGACUAUCAAGGACUUGUGCUGAGGCUGCAAGGCGGCAACUCAAGGUUGUUGCCACGCUCAGAAAACGCAACAUGAUAGCAAUCUUUGGCUUUUACGACUUCGAAGCCUCCUUCUCAGCUGCGUUCAUCAUGAUUCUCGCUGCGAUCCUGGAUUCAGUCUGUGAAGAAAGCAUGAAAAUCAACCCCAAGCCCGGUUUGACGCAGGCAUUGGAAGAAAUACAGCAUCUUGCUGACCAUGGAAACACGUAUGCUCGCGAGAGAUUGCAAGAGGUCAAGAGACUAUGGAAGGUAAUGGCACAAAAGAUUGAGUCACUACAAGUGGUCAACGUAUCUCCCCAAGGACCACCUGGCGAAGGCCAAAACGCCAAUGGUGUCACACAAACCAACGGCGCAACACCCUCUGGUUUCGGUGAUCUUCACCGAGGCGAGCUCAUCACAGGAGACCAAAGCCAAACAUCGCCAGAAGAUUUCAUGCCUCUCGACACAGACUUAUGGGACAAUUUCUCUAACCUCUGGGUUCCUAUGCCUGAAGUCGUAGAGGGAGGCUCGCAGCAGGAGAUGAUGAUGGGGGAUAUCCCGCAUGAUGACUUUUAUAAGCAUUGCUAUUCUAUGUAUAAUAACCCGGACUGGGAUCUUACGGGUGAGGAUGUUGGGGACUUUGCUGAGCUUGGAAGACAUAUUCAAGAUUCAUGA